AUAACGGCAUCUAUUGGAUUCAUAGAAAGUUCGCCCCCUUGGAAUGAAAAUUCGACGGAAUUCUAGGAUUCUUUUAAUUUUAAUCUGUUUGUGGGCCAUUGGAGUUUUAUAUUAUUUCUUCUCAGGCCCUUCUGAGGUUAGUUCCUUAUAUUCUUAUAGCUUAAUUAUCGCCUUAGGCCUAAGAAGCGGUUAAUAUAGGAUAAGAUUCCUAUUGUAUAAAAUAAUUUGUUGACUAUUUUAUUAUAUAAACUGAAUAUUUACAAGCAAAUACACACUUCAAUUUACCAGUAUGAAUAUUAAACUAUAUGUAUUAAGUAUCUACAAAAAAAAACCCACUAUGAUUAUUACUUGUGGUAAAUGAAUGCAGUUUCUCGUGAAAUAUGAAAAUUAGUAAAUUUCGGUAUUGUCUAUAAAAAUAAAGGUUUUAUGUUGCAAAUAUUAGAUGUUUUAUUCGCGACCUUUAUCUAAUAAAGCACUUUUAUUGAAAGAAGGUGAAUAUGACGAUUCACUUAAUGAUGGUCUAACCAACAAGUAUCAAUUUACUGCAACCAACGUAUACUUCAACGAAAAAGCCUAUAUAGAUAAAAAACGGUUAAAACCUGGUCAAGAUUCGUAUAGCAGACACAAGUUUAAUCAAGCUGUUAGUGAUAGUAUUCCAAGUAAUAGAGAUAUACCCGAUGUAAGGAAUUAUAGAUGCCAGCAUGUUCAAUAUUCAAAAAAUCUGCCCAAAACUUCUAUCAUUAUAACUUUCUUUAAUGAAGCACGGUCAACUUUACUUAGGACAAUUGUUAGUGUCAUUAAUAGAAGCCCGGAGGAGCUUUUGGAAGAAAUUAUCUUAGUUGAUGAUCAUAGUGAUGAUCCAACUGAUGGAUCAGAAUUAGCUAAAAUUCAUAAAGUACGUGUUCUUCGAAAUGAAAAGAGACAGGGAUUAAUCCGCUCAAGAGUUAGAGGCGCUAAUGCUGCAAAAGCACCUGUUCUCACUUUUUUAGACAGUCAUUGUGAAUGCGGAAAUCAGUGGUUGGAAGCUCUUUUAUCAAGGAUUCAUGAGAAUCGGAAGGCAGUUGUGUCUCCUAUAAUUGACGUGUUGAAUAUGGAUAAUUUUCAUUACUCCGCUGCAUCAGACCUAUUAAAAGGAGGCUUUGAUUGGAAUUUAGUCUUUAAAUGGAUUUAUAUGACAGACGCUGAGCGAGCGGAACACGCCAAGCAGCCUAUUGCUCCAAUAAAAACUCCAAUGAUAGCUGGAGGACUUUUUGCCAUUAGCAAAGAUUUCUUUAACGAACUAGGGAAAUAUGACACAAAAAUGGAUGUCUGGGGGGGAGAGAAUUUGGAAAUAUCAUUUAGAGUUUGGCAGUGCCAUGGUUCUUUAGAAAUUAUUCCUUGCAGUCGAGUAGGUCAUGUGUUUAGAAAGCAGCAUCCUUAUUCAUUUCCUGGUGGCAGUGGAAAUGUGUUUGCUAGAAAUACAAGAAGAGCGGCCGAAGCAUGGAUGGAUGAAUACAAACAGUUUUACUUUGCCUCCGUACCUUCAGCCAAAUAUGUCAAUUAUGGUGAUAUUAGCGAGAGAGUAUCCCUUAGGAAGAAAUUACAAUGCAAACCUUUCAAAUGGUAUUUGGAAAAUAUUUAUCCGGAAUUAGACAUACCAAAUAAGCAAGAUGUAAACUUUGGGGCUCUAAUUCAAGGCUCUAGCUGCUUAGAUACGCUUUCCCAUCAACAAGGUGAAACUGUUAGUCUAUAUACUUGCCAUAUGUCUGGUGGAAAUCAGGAAUGGGUAUUAUCAAAGGAAAAUCAAGUGAAACAUCACAGAUUUUGCUUGACGAUGGAAAAACAAGCUGAAGGUUCUCUGCUGCGAUUGAGAGAUUGUAAAUCAAAAGAUUUAAUGCAGAAAUUCGUGCCGUUUAACGACAAAAAAAUGCUGAAGCAUAUAGAUUCAGAUUUAUGCAUCGAUUCGGAGUAUAUAAGAUCUUUGGAUGGGGUAGGAGUCGGACCGUGCGAUGCAGAAAAAGCUUCACAACGGUGGAAAUUCCAAUUACUCAACGAAAAUCAUCGAUAA